UGCUGCUGUCAGGAGUUAAGUUUUCGUUUCCUGGCUUGAUGCUGCGUUGAUUUGUGUCUGCUGAAGGAACAUGGCAGGCUUAGAGGUGUUGUACACCUGCGUGGCAGGUGGCAUCAGCUGUCCGCAGGACGCUGUGGUGUGUUUCGUUCACUGGGAAAUGAUCAAGAAUGGAUAUAAGUGCAUCGGCUCCGGAGACGAGCCUCGCAGCAGUGAUAAGAAGUCGGAGCUGCUGCCUGCAGACUGGAGCAGCAACAAGGAACUGUACAGUCUACGUUAUAAGGCCAACGACACGGACACGCAGAUGCUCCUGAAAGCCAUAACUGUGGACUCAGCUCUAAUCUUUAACCUGAUGAACUCCAGCACGGAGCAGGUGUCUGACUUGACGGUGAACAUCAGCGACCACGUCAACGCAGAUCAGCUGCAAGCGUUUGACAGUGCGUUCAAAGAUGUGGAAAGUUUGUCGGAGAAGGUGAAGACUCAACUUCUGCCCUCCCGGGGGAGGCAGCCGGGGCAGAAAGCAGAGAAGAAGAGCCAGAGGGAGGAGGAUGACGAGGGUCAGAGAAGAAGAGGAGAGGACAGUGACCCCCUCCGUCUCCCCAACAGACAUCCUCGCCAGGGAACACACCCUCACUGGCCCGACCCCAUGGUGCCUCCGUUCGCAGCUGGAGGAGCAGAUCUGGAUCCGUUUGGAUCACGCGGCGGAGGUGGGAUGAUCGUGGACCCGUUGAGGUCAGGAUAUCCUCGCUCUGGCUUUGACCCGUCCAGCGGUAUACCAGACAUUCUGCCUCCCGGAGCCGUUCCCCCGGGGGCUCGCUUCGACCCGUUUGGACCCGUCGGACGCCGGAGACCAGGGCCCGAUCCGGACCACAUGCCCCCGCCCGGCUACGACGACAUGUUCAUGUAGAGCAGAAGAGCGUUUCUACGCUGCUCGCGCCAGCGCUGAUCCAGUUCAGACCCGUCUGCAGUUCUUCAGUUCUCCAACGAGGAGGGUUUGUGUUCCUUUUAUUUUAUUUUCAAAAACCCAAACUUGUAGCUUAGACAGAACCUUACACAGAAAUCCUACAACUGAUGUAAAAUGAGUUUGAAAUAUAAAUGAGUUGAAAGCUGUUUUGGAUGUUGAUGAAACUUUUAUCUUGGACAACAAUCGAGCCAAAUAUCUGGAGAGGAGGCCGGCACACAUACGCACCAUAAACUUUUGUGUUUGAGACCCUGUUCUUUGUUAUUUUGAAUCAAACACACGUUGAAGUUUAGAUCGAUAGGACGGGCUGUUGGACGGAUCCUCCGAGGGGUUUUCAUGAAAAUGCUCACGCGUUUAUGCACAAGCAUCUUUAAAGAGUGAUUAUUUCCCUGAUUCCAAUGCUUACAAUUUAUUGUUAAGAGUGUUUUUUUUUUCAGAUUUCUUUUGUAUUUCUACUGGAUGUAGAAGUGUAGUUGUUUUUGUUGGUUGAAUAAUCUGGUUGAUUAUUGAUCUUCUGCCAAAAUGUUCUAAUAAAAACCUUGAACUUAA